GAGCUCCAGAUGGAGGCAGCAAUGCAACAUUGCGGAUGCCGGCAGACGUUAGAACAUCACCAAAGAAGAAGUUAGAAUAGUACCCUGAACGGCACCAAAGAAGAAGAAGAAGAAGUGGAUCAGUUGUCCGGGAAACCCGCCAUGUACGAUCACUUCUCUGUGGGGAGGCGCUUGUGUUUUUGGAUACAAAAAGAGACAGAUGACAAGUUAGCCGGCCGCAAGAAUUUCGAUAACAAGUAACACGCUAUCUUAAGCGGUGCCUAGCCGCGGUUAAAGCUCAUAACGUUAGCUAGCUAGUUAACUUAGGCGGACGUCAGCUAAAAUCCAACAUGACCCAACAAGCUGCUGCUCUGCAGACUUACAACAAUGAACUUGUCAAAUGUAUUGAGGACCUGUGCUCCAAGCGGGAGGAGCUGAACAGCCAGAUCAAGCAGGAGGAAGAGGAGAAGGAACGGCUGCAGCACGACAUCCGCGUCCUUUCAGAGAAGCUGAGCCGCGUCAACGAGAGCCUGGCGCAAAGACUCGCCGCCCGCGCCACCUUCGACCGCACCAUCGCAGAGACCGAGGCUGCAUACACUAAGAUCUUGGAGAGUUCCCAGUCUCUUCUGAGCGUCCUGAAGCAGGAGGCAGGAAACCUGAGUAAAGCCACAGAGCCGCGGAGAAAGGCUCAAUAACGCCAACGACAGGUCACUGAACUCUGGGUUCGACCUCAACAGCGACCCUCGACUCUGCACUUUUAACCGUGUUUGUACUCCACUCUGGACUCAUCGGGAUAGAUUGGAUUGAUUUAUUGUGAGUUUGUUAUUCUAAUAAAUGUGUUUUCUUACCACUA